GUCCUGACAGUGCCUAACAUCCUAACGAGUGUACGAAUUAUACUAACCCCAUUCCUCUGUUAUUUAGUCUUGCAGGGUUCAUAUAACGCUGCACUGUCCAUUUUUAUAUUUGCUGGGUUCACAGACCUGUUGGAUGGAUUGAUAGCUAGGUCAUUUCAGAGCCAAACUUCAGAUUUAGGCAGUUUUCUCGACCCACUAGCAGACAAGUUAUUAGUGAGCACGCUAUUUCUGUCGCUAUCCUAUGUAGAUCUAAUCCCAGCUUAUUUAGCUCUCUUGGUCAUCACAAGAGACACAUUACUGACUGCAUCAGGUGUAUACAUCAGAUACAUAACACUCAAUCCAAAACCAAGAACACUGAAAGAAUAUUUUGAUCCUACAAAUAGAUCAGUGAAAUUGCAACCAACAACUCUUAGCAAGUUCAACACAGCUGUUCAGUUGACUUUGGUAGCUGCAACACUAGCCUCACCUGUUUUUAACUUUACAGAUCAUCCCUAUAUGCACUACUUGUGGUACUUAACAGCAUUCACCACAAUUACAUCUGGUAUUGGUUACAUAUUUGCUAAAGAUACCUUCAAAUUUGUUGAUAAAAGUUACAAAAAGAAAUGA